AUGCAGCUCUUCAUCCCCGUCUUAGCUCUCUUGAGCACGCUUGUCGCUGCUGUACCGACCGCCGCAGCGGACGGUCGCGGGGCCACCAUCUUCACCGACAAAAACUUCAACGGCCGGUCAACCGCCAUUCCCGCCAACGACUUCUGCACCGACAUAGACAACAUCUUUGGCAACUUCGAUGGCAAGAUCCGCAGCGUCACCGUCGAGAAGGGCUACCACUGCAAGUUCUACACGUACGUCAUAUCGAUCACUCUCCUUUUACUUGGAAAGACCGUUGGAAACUAA